UUUAAUGGCGACUUGAACACUUUUGUUGUUUUGUUUGAUUUGGAUUCCCAACCCCCAAAACCAUAUUAUUAUCAAUAAAAAUGACCCAAAAGCUGACUGUAAAGUGAAAACAAUGGUUAAGUGUUAAAUUAUUGGGGGGCAUAAACAAAGGCAUGAGCUAUUUCUUUCACUCCUGUUGGAUGUUGUACUGCUCCCUACCCAAAAGAAAGAGAAAAAAAGAGGAAAGGCCCCAUCCAUCUCUGAUCUCUCUCUCGAUUUGCAGACUGGGAAUUCAAGAAAAAAGAAGAAACGCCAAAAGAUAUCAUAAACAAAUUGACUAAUCUCCAUCAAACCCCAUAUUUUGUCUUCCAUUGAAGAAGAAAGAUCAAAGAUGCCGAGACCAGGCCCUAGACCUUACGAGUGUGUAAGAAGAGCUUGGCAUAGCGAAAGACACCAACCCAUGAGAGGUUCCAUCAUUCAGCAGAUUUUAAGGCUAGCUAUUGAAACUCAUAGCACAGCUACUAAAAAGAAUAAGGAGUGGCAAGAUAAAAUUAUUACUGUCAUCGUCAAAGCCGAGGAGAUUAUGUAUUCCAAAGCCAAUUCUGAGGCUGAAUACACCAACCCGGAAACCUUAUGGGACCGUGUUAAUGAUGCCAUCAACACGAUUAUCCGUCGAGAUGAGAGCACUGAAACAGGAGAGCUUUUGCCACCUUGUGUUGAAGCGGCCCUUAACCUGGGGUGCUAUCCAGUGAGAGCUUCAAGGAGCCAACGACACAGUAAUCCUAGGACUUACCUUACGCCAAGAGCACCCGAAACUGUUCCUGCAACUCCUAGGAUUUUGGAUAACGGUAGUGAGGAUAGGUGUCCUCAGUUAUCCCCGGUUCAGUCUGGUAGUCAGCUUGCAAGAAUAGCAACCAAUGUGAAUUCGAACACUUCGGUUUCACAAGCUAACCGUCAUAAUUAUCCGUUUCUACCUCAAAAUUGCCCAUCUGGCCAUGACCAAUUGAUGAGGAUGGAAACUAACAGUCCAUCGAACUCAGGUCAAGUUUACCCCCUUUAUUAUGGAAUUCACUAUCAAAAUGCAGAGUCCCAAACAGGUUCUCCAGUGCAGGAAAAUCUAGUGUCUGAUACGAUAAUAGUUGGGAGACCUAUUGGUUCAUCCGUGUUAGAGCCAGCUGAAAUGGGUUCCUUGCAGAAUUUCUUUUCCUCUUCCAAUGUUGAUAUUGGUGGUAAGCGAAUUGGGCUGCAAGAUAUCAGACACACUGAUGAGAAGUUACUUGGGAAAGAAUGUGAUUUGUCCUUGCGGUUGGGUCUAUUUUCUGACCCUUGUAUGCAAGUAGAAAAGAAGUCACUUUGUGAAACCACAGAUGUUGGUCCCAGCAACACUCAAGAUGGGGGCAAACUUAGUGAUGUUUUUCAACAAAAGAGUAAAGAGAUCCCCUUUUUUCCAGAGAGGACUGUUAAUGACCAUUUUGAAUCCUUUUCAAGAAAGUGCUUUAUGGAAAAUGAAGGUCAUAAUGUAGGGGCAGCAACGAGAAAGCGUAAGGCAACAUUUGGAGGCAACUCAGAAGAUGAACAAUUUUGCAAGCAACCAGGGUCCUCAUCUAAUAAUAGAAGACAUGGACCAGAUAAGCAUUUGCUAUAUCACUUCUCGGAGAUCAGGAUGGCAAGAGGAAUCUAAGCGUUGUAAGAAACAGAGGUAGCUUGAAGGACUGGAAAUGGAUUACUGCUGAUGCAGGGGAUAUGGCGCUGGGUUGGGAGCAAGGAUCACAUGCAUGCCUUUGUGGUGUGAUACACUUGAGUAGUCAGAUGCUCAUCUUGGGUAACAUUCAACUUAUUAGGUUUUUAGGAGGCACAAAUGCAUACUAGAAGACUCUUUGGUUGCGGACUUGUGUUGGGUGUUUUGUAGAAUGAGCUUUUAUGCAUUAGCCUUUGUGAUUGAGAUGGUUACCUAUGUAAAGGACUUAUUUGAGGAUUACUUUGUUAUGGGUUGUGAUGUGUAGAACAAGGCAAAUGCUGGUGAGCACCCUUGAUCCAUGUUUAAAGACGUUGGGAAUUGGUGGUUCCCUUUUUAAAUUUCUAAGAGAAGGUAGGUUGCCUUUUUUUACCAUUUUUAUCCGAUUUUGGACCUCUCUAAGCUUUAAAUUUGACGGAGAUUCCUCUCAAAA